AUGCCGCCAUGUCUCUCCACCCCUCCCCUCGCCCCCCGCCCGCAGGUUCGGUGUUGGGAGGUGCAGGCGAACGGCACGGCGGUGCCAAAGGCGGCGACCAGCCACGACGGCCCCGUCCUCUCCGCCUCGUGGUCCGCAGGCACCGCUCUAGUACCGAGAGGCAGCCGAGAGGCAGCCGAGAGGCAGCCGAGAGGCAGCCGAGAUGCUGGUUACUUCGUGGACACUUCCGCGACACUUCCGUCUUCACAGCUGCGCCUCCUCAACAGGUGCGCCGAGAAGAACUUUUUGGUCACCGCCUCGUGGGACAACACAAUCAAGUUCUGGGACGGAAACCCACUCCUCUUUUCGCCCCUCCGCCCAGCUCCUCCGCCCACCUCUCAGGCACGCCCCAUGCUCUCAGGCACGCCCUAUGCGGUUGACGUGCGAGGCAAGCUGAUGGUCGUUGCGACUGCCGACCGGAAGAUCGUCGUAGUCAACUUGGACCAGCCCUCCGUCGCCUUCAACACAAUCACCUCUCCGCUAAAGUACCAGUCCCGAUGCAUCGCCGCCUUCCCGGACCAGCGCGGCUUCUGCCUCGGCUCGAUCGCCGCGUCGGCUGCAUCUCGGUGGUCUCUCGGCGGUAUCUCGGCCAUAUCUCCGCUUCAUCUCGGCAUAGGCUCCAUCGAGGGGCGCGUCGCCGUCCACCACGUCAACAAGGCGGACGAGCAGAAGAAUUUCGCCUUCAAGUGCCACCGCGAGAACAACCUCGACAUCUACUCGGUCAACUGCAUCGCCUUCCACCCUACCUUCGGCACCUUCGCCACCACCGGCUCUGACGGCACCUCCCAGCCUUCGGGACACGGGCUCGCGGCUGCCUUCACCAAGGGCUCGCUGCCCAUCCCCGUCGGCCGCUUCUCGCGCGACGGCGCCAUCUUUGCGUACGCCGCCUCAUACGACUGGUCAAAGGUGCCUCCUCCUCUCUACUCACUGCUGAUUCCUGAUUGCUCCCUGCUGACGCCUCGUACGACUGGUCAAAGGGCUCGGAGCACUACAACCCGCGCACCAACCACCUGCUGCUGCACUCGGCGCCGAGAUCUAGCCGAGAUUGGCCGGGAUCUAGCCGAGAUCUAG